ACGAACGUGCGGGCGGCGCUGCGCGGUGCCGGGUUCAUGUGUCUGUUACGUCACGAUCGAUAUCUUGUACAAUCGAGUGCAUUAUUGCAGUGUCUGUGUAGAACAGUGUUUGCUUAAUUUCAAGCUAAGAAAAAUACCGGCAAUGAUUGAUUUUUCUAUUAAAAGGAUUUUAUAGAUUCGGUUACUGCAGUCUGAGAGCUGAACUGUAUAAUGGGUGCCCCAGCUUGGGGAUCCCGCGGUGGCGGCGGAGACCGACCGCGGCUGUUACGCAUGACGCCACUGCGCCACAGCUUUGCAGCCCCCGCCUCGCCUCCCGCGCCGCCUCCGCGCACACACGACUACGCCUCCGACGCCGAUACCAACAAAAAAGAGGAAGGAUGGAAUGCCAACCUCUCGCAGAGAUGGCGAAAACUGCGACGCCGCUGUUCUCGCUUACGCCCAGGCUCCGGUAACCGAGAGCCAAGCCCCGUGCGCUGUUCACCAUCACCCCCCAGGCCACCCCAACAUUGCUCUCCAGCACCACCUUCAAAGCUAUCUUUUAGGCAUCGUGGAAAAGUCUACACUACAGCCUCACUUCGUGUAACAAGCGGUGCCCCUGACUUGCUUCGAGCAUUGGGUAAGCUGGGUGGUGGUCUAAGGAGGCGAGCACUAUCUGCCCACGACGUCCUAGCUCCACCGCAGCAACAACCCUCUACUUUUUACGUUCCUAGUCCUACAGUAACACGACACCCUCCGUCGCCUUCUCCUCCGAGACAAUCGGCUACGGUUCGAAGGCGUUGUAGUUCGCCAAACGUUUAUCGAGCAAGUAAAGACUCUGUUGCCCAAAGAGAUCGCACGCCACUCAUUACACAAGAAGAUGAAAGUCGAGAUGUGGUCGACUAUAAUUAUGUUCCUGAUAGAAGGAAAAAUAGUUCUGAUGGCCGAAGCCGACGUCCGUACAGUGAAAAUGUAGAGUUAGAUGUACCGUACAGAAAUGGAUAUAAUCGGCUUCCAUGUGAAGUACCAGAUUAUGGAAGUACAGACAGUUCACAACGAGCCAGCACAGUUAAUAGUGGAAACGUGAUAAAACUCUUCUACUUUUACGCUGAAAGAUUUGAAUUCCAAUCACAAACUCAAUACGAUCAAAAAUCGAACCAAAACAAGCUUUGA